AAAGCCGCGCCCACAGGCAGCAGCUGUCAGGCCGAUCCCGGGAUGAAGCGGCUCUGCCCCGGGGCCGGUGUGACUGAGCGGGGCCGGGGGCACCGGGAGCCCGGGCCGCCUCUCACUCCCCCCGGGACUGGCACCGGGAGCGGGCGGGUCUGAAGUUCCUGUGAUGCGGACGGGCCGCCAGGAACCAGGCGCUUCAUUCACGGAAGUCGAGUUAAAUCGAUGUCCGGCCUGGAGCGGCCGCCUCGUGUUCCGCCGGCUGCAAGAGCGGGGCAAUAGCGGGGCAAUAGCGGAGGAACCGGCCCAGCUGCCGGCGGAGUUUCCGCCGGAGGCAACAGGAGAAAUUCAGCGAGAAACGAGCAGGAAAAAGCGAUACAAAGCAGCGCGUUCCAGAUCAGAACUUUCCGGAUUGUAACAUUCCAGAAUACACCUCACUGGGAUCUGGAGUGGGUGAAACUGGAACCACAGCUUCUCCAGAAGCAGGAGGGUGGGUGAUUGAGAGGCCGAGCGGCCAUGGCCCAAAGAAGUGGCUCUUUUGCCAGGGUGCUGGUUUUUGUUGUGACCCUCCUGGUAUCCAAGAGUCGAGCACAGCUGAAGCAGACUUCUCGAUUUGGGAAUAAACCUUUUGUGACUGUGUGGAAUGCACCAACCCAGGACUGUGUCCGCCAUUCAGUCAAUCUGAACCUCAACAUGUUUGACAUCAUUUCAUCCCCAAAUGAAGGCUUUUAUGACCAGAAUCUAACAAUCUUCUACAAGGAGAGGCUGGGCAGGUACCCGUACUACCAUGGGCAGCAGGCUGUGAAUGGGGGUGUGCCGCAGAACAGCAGCCUCAUGGACCAUCUCACUGUGAUGGAGCGGGACAUUGAGCGUUACAUGCGAUCCCGGAGCACCAAGGGUCUGGCAGUGAUCGACUGGGAGGAGUGGAGACCCCUCUGGAUUCGAAACUGGAAGGACAAACAGAUUUACCGGAACAGCUCCCGGCGCCUGGUGUCUGAACGACACCCAGACUGGACCGAGAGUGACCUCAACAGGGAGGCACAAUUUGAGUUUGAGCAAUCAGCCCAAAGGUUCAUGGCGGAGACUCUGAGGAGGGCCAGGAACUCACGGCCACACAGCAUGUGGGGCUUCUAUCUGUUCCCAGACUGCUACAACCACGACUAUAAGAACAAUAUGGCCAACUACACAGGCCGUUGUCCUGAUGUGGAGAUAUCUCGCAAUGACCUCCUCAGGUGGCUGUGGACCAACAGCACAGCAGUGUUCCCUUCCAUCUACCUGGACGCAAUGCUGCGUUCCACUAACAGUGCUACCAAGUUUGUCCGCUCACGGGUCAAAGAGGCACUGAGAGUGUCCGAGCUUCACAGCGCCAACUACUCACUGCCCGUGUUUGUCUAUUCCCGACCCACUUACACUUACACCGUCGACCUGCUAACUGAGCGGGAUCUGAUCACGACCAUCGGAGAGACGGCCGCCCUCGGAGCUGCUGGCAUCAUAUUCUGGGGUGAUGCCGACUACAGUAACAGUGAGAGUCACUGCAAGAUGUUGAAGAAUUAUCUGGAAGGGGAUUUUGGUCGUUAUGUCCUCAAUGUCACCACAGCCACACAGCAUUGCAGCCAGGCUCUGUGCCAAGGACAUGGCCGAUGUGAGCGGCGGGACAGUCAAUCUGAUGCUUACCUCCACCUCAGUGCAGACAGUUUCCAAAUCCAGGGAAAAAAUGUGACUGGAGGAACCAAGUUGGUGCUCACAGGAGCCUUGACAAAGAAAGACAUCAGCCAGUUCCAGGAGAGGUUCCAGUGCCGAUGUUACCGGGGUUGGAUGGGUCAACACUGCAACAUUAAGACAAGUGGAGCCCAGCUGACUCUACCUCAUGUUAUAACCCUCAUCUUAACGCUGCUUCUCUCUCUGAUAAUCUAACAACCCAAAACCUCUUCCUAUUUUUAAGCCGGUGUUGACGUUUCUUUGAAAGGGGAUGUUUCCCUCAAAGUAUUUCUGUCAUUCAUAUCAACAAACAUUAUGAAACCUUUUAAAUGGGAAAAAACUUUUCAGACAUUGAAUUGUACAAAGAGACAACCUUGGUCUGUUUGCUGUGAACAAGCUUUCUUGGAUCUCUCUCUGAUAUUUAUUGGAAAAUCAGUCAUAUUGGGUGUGGCUGGAGUAGGACAAUGUUAUUUUUGGGCCUGGGAGGAGCUGUGACUCUGCCUCAAUUUUUUCAAUGUGCCAAAGUCAUUGCUUUGUGGAAAAAAUGUCAUUUUACAAACAAAACAAGUUCCUUUUCAGUUACUGGAGACACAAUAAUCCAGAAGCAAGAUCUGCCAGUGUUAAUGAUGGUCACCCUUCUGUCAGUAAACACUGUUAAAUGGGACCAAA